AACCCUGAGGGCUGAUAGAGCAGAUGUUCAGUAUCAAGUGAAGAGUAGUGAGCGUAGCAAACAAUAUGAAAACAAUUAUUGUGAUUGUAGUUUUGGUGGCCACAUUGGCAACAGUUUGGGGUCAUCACCAUCAUGAACAUGAUGAUGAUGAUUAUGUGGUGAAAACGCGUGAGGAUUUGCUUAAAUUUCGUGACGAGUGCAGUACCAAGUUGAAUGUGCCCGCUGAUCUUUUAGAGAAAUACAAGAAGUGGCAAUAUCCCGACGAUGAGCUCACAAAAUGUUACAUGAAAUGUAUGUUCAAAAAUUUCGGUUUCUUCGAUGAGAACCAUGGCUUCGAUGUGCAUAAAAUUCAUAAACAAUUGGUGGGUGCGCACGGCGCAAUCGAUCACAGCGAUGAGACCCAUGAAAAGAUUGCCAAGUGCGCGAAUAAGAAACCGGAAGACACUGAUCCUUGCGCCUGGGCCUAUCGUGGUGGUGUUUGCUUCAUCAAUUCUAAUUUACAAUUGGUUAAGUCUAGUGUCAAUUAAGACUUUUUUUUAAAUAUUAAAUAGAGAGAGACUCGAUUUGUUCUUUUUUUUUUUUUUGUUUUUCU